GAGAUGGGCAGAAAUAGUUUCGAGUACUUCCGGGUCUCCCGAACCAAAACAACUUUACCCCGCAGUGACUUUCCAACGAAUUUGUCAAUAAUUUAAGAUUUGUCGUUUUACAAUGAAUGCUGGACUGAAACACUGGAAGGAGGCGGCUACUCUCAUUUUAGUCGCGGGUCAGAGGCUCGGCGUGAACAGUUUAUCCACGCCGGGUAUUGCGCGUUCUCCGUCGCCGGUUAAACCCGAAGGACAACCUCGGGUUCCUCACCCGUUUGACUACGAUGUUUUACUCCUUAAACGAAGCAGUAAAAGCGGAUUCAUGCCUAACGCCUAUGUGUUCCCCGGAGGUAUGGUGGACUCUUCUGACUUUUCCAGUGAGUGGUUAGACGUUUUCAGAGCUUUCACAAACUCUCCCAACUUUGGCUUAAGGAGCGUCCAGCAACCACCGGAGACCAGACCGCCAAUAUUUGCUACAGACAGGCUCAAAUUGGGUUCGCCUAUCCCGGGAGAGGUCGCAUUUCGGAUCUGCGCUUUGAGGGAGACAUUCGAGGAGUGUGGCGUGCUGCUUUUUGUGUCCAAAAAGGAAGAACUGAGUUUGUUAAAUAGCAUUCAAGACAGGCGUGCCACUGAUGAAGUCAAACAUUACAAAGUCAACGAGCUUUGCAGUGAUGAAUUGAACAAGUGGAGAACUUUGGUGAACCAGAACCCGUCAAAUUUUAUCAAGAUGUGCAAGGAGUUGGAGGUGCUGCCCAACAUCUGGGCCCUCCACGAGUGGGCCAACUGGAUGACCCCUGAGGGACAAUAUGGCGUGAAAAGGUUUGACACGGCUUUCUUCAUGUGCUGCCUCGAGGAGAGACCAAAUGCACUCCAAGACCAAAAGGAAAUUCAACACUUACAGUGGUCAACGCCCUUGGAAGUCCUGCGGAGCUUCCGGGCUCGCGAUUUGUGGAUUCCUCCCCCGCAGUUCUACGAGCUGAGUCGCAUGUGGCGCUUCCCCUCGCUGAGCAACCUCAACACGUUUGCCAGGCGACGCGGCGCCGACGGCUGCGAGCGGUGGCUACCUGUUAUCUUCCUCCAGGACGACAGCUACAUAUCAGUGCUGCCAGGAGACCAGCUGUAUCCAUCUAGCAGUUCAGAAACAACUAAGGUGGAAACAAAUGGGGAGAAUCAAGAAGGUUCUAAAUCUGCACUACAUCGCUUCUUGAUCUCAGACCCGUACAGUCCAGAACUGCAGGUCAACAUCAUGCCCAAGUACAACCACACGCUGCCUCUUAUUGGACCAGUGGACUCCACAACGCUUGCGUGAACACAGUAGGAACAAAUCACAAACACGGACACUCAGAGGGAAAACACACCAAGUUUUGUGGGCGUACUCACAGGAAGCUGUUUGAGUUGUGCCAGACUUUGAAAACGAUUCCCCCUCUCAUCACUGCCCUCGGCUUCGUCCCAUUUAGGCGUGCCUUGUAUUGGUUAUGCAACACUGGAUUUCAAGUUUCUGAAUUUUGCCGAUUAUUUCUUAUCGUUGAUACCACAGUGCAAUGAGUCAGUUAUCAUUCAGAAUUUUCAAGGAACCAGCAAACACUCGCUAUUUGCGAUACAAUAGGGUGGGCCAUAAAUUACCAUGUGCAGGAAAAAAUCAUCGUUGGACAACUGUUUUUAUCUGAAACAUUUAAAAUGGUACAUUUUCAUGUGUAUGACCUACCCUAUACUAUCCUAAAUUUUACUGUACGGUGCUUUCCUCUGCCAAGAAGAUUCAGUUUUCAUCUGCGCUUGUUUGUGAGUUGCCUGUAUUUCGACACUGCGAGUGUUUCCAUUUGACCUUUUCCCCUCAUUGAAAUCUCAAUUUAAUAAUAACAUUUCAUUCAUAUGCAGGAAAUGGGGACAUUUGUUGGUGUUGAGGCAAGUAUGAAAUUCUUAAGUAUAAUAUUGUGGAAGCUUCAAAAACUGCAACUCCAUUGUAGGGAUUCACCACAUAGAGUGAAAUAUUUUCUUUUUUUCAUUAUAACGUUCAUUAUUAUUCAUUUUACUACUAACGAAAAACACAAAUUGCUACCCCUGAGCCUAUGUCAAGCAAUUGAUACUUACUAAACAAUCAAUGUUUAAUAAAGAGUAUAAUUUUUUAAUCUACUGAAAAUAAUUAAAAAUAAAAGAUUAUCAGACUUUCAUGCAGCCAAUAUUUAUUUCAGAAAAACUGUCUAUGUAUUUAUGUGCAAAAUGUAUUUGACUCUCAGCAUCCAAUCCAGCCUGAGAAUACAUCCUGUUCUGUGGGUAUUUAUUUGUAUUAAGUUGGGAUCUUGUAUUUUUUGUGCCAUUGUGAUUAUGGUAUUAAUACAAGAAGCACAAUUUAUAUUGUAUUUUAUGAAGGAAAAUCAAAACUAAUUGCAUUUACUGUGUGUAUGUAAAUGGAAAUAUACAGUAACAACACGUCGUGAUGCAUCACGAUAUUGUCAUCGUCGCGUGUGUGUGUGUGUGU